AUGGCUGCCCCGCAUCGCCAGCCCGAGGAGGCGAUCGAUGACUCCGAGAUGGUCGAGGACCAUCACCAGCAGCACCAGGACUCCGUCCACCGGCGUCUGCGUGCUAACUCCACCAUUAUGCACUUCCAGAAGAUCUUGGUGGCCAACCGGGGUGAAAUCCCCAUUCGUAUCUUCCGUACGGCUCACGAGCUGUCCCUCCAGACUGUCGCCGUCUUCUCCUACGAAGACCGCAUGGGUAUGCACCGUCAGAAGGCCGACGAGGCGUACAUGAUCGGCCACCGCGGUCAAUAUACCCCCGUCGGCGCUUACCUGGCCGGCGACGAGAUUAUCAAGAUCGCCAAGGAGCACGGCGUGCACCUGAUCCAUCCCGGCUACGGUUUCCUGUCGGAGAACGCCGAGUUCGCCCGAAAUGUCGAGAAGGCUGGAAUCGUUUUCGUCGGUCCUACUCCCGAAACCAUUGACAGCUUGGGUGACAAGGUGUCAGCCCGUAAGCUGGCCAUCAAGUGUGACGUCCCGGUGGUCCCCGGUACCGAGAACCCGCUGGAGAAGUACGAGGACAUUAAGGCCUUCACUGAUGAGUACGGCUUCCCCAUCAUCAUCAAGGCCGCCUUCGGUGGUGGUGGUCGUGGUAUGCGUGUGGUGCGGAACCAAGCCGAUCUACGUGACUCAUUCGAGCGUGCUACCUCGGAGGCCAAGUCUGCCUUCGGUAACGGCACGGUCUUCGUCGAGCGAUUCCUCGACAAACCCAAGCACAUUGAAGUCCAGCUGCUUGGUGACAACCAGGGCAAUGUCGUCCACCUGUUCGAGCGGGACUGCUCCGUCCAGCGUCGUCACCAGAAGGUCGUGGAGAUUGCUCCCGCCAAGGAUCUUCCUAUCGAGGUUCGCGACAAGAUUCUCGCCGAUGCUGUGAAGCUUGCCAAGUCAGUCAAGUACCGCAACGCCGGUACCGCCGAAUUCUUGGUUGACCAGCAGAACCGCCACUACUUCAUCGAGAUCAACCCCCGUAUCCAAGUCGAGCACACUAUCACUGAGGAGAUCACGGGUAUUGAUAUCGUGGCUGCCCAGAUUCAGAUCGCCGCGGGUGCUACUCUUGAGCAGCUGGGCCUGACCCAAGACCGCAUCUCUACUCGCGGUUUCGCGAUCCAAUGUCGUAUCACCACCGAGGACCCGGCCAAGGGCUUCUCCCCGACACUGGUAAGAUCGAGGUCUACCGUUCCGCGGGUGGUAACGGUGUCCGUCUGGACGGUGGCAACGGUUUCGCCGGUGCCAUCAUCACUCCUCACUACGAUUCUAUGCUGGUCAAGUGCUCUUGCCGUGGCUCUACCUACGAGAUCGUCCGCCGCAAGAUGCUGCGUGCCCUGGUCGAGUUCCGUAUCCGUGGGGUUAAGACCAACAUUCCCUUCCUUGCUUCAUUGCUUAGCCACCCCACCUUCAUCGAUGGUACUUGCUGGACCACUUUCAUCGACGAUACCCCCCGAGCUGUUUGCUCUGGUCAGCUCGCAGAACCGUGCUCAGAAGCUUCUGUCCUACCUCGGUGACCUCGCUGUCAACGGCAGUAGCAUUAAGGGUCAGAUCGGCGAGCCCAAGCUGAAGGGCGAGAUCAUCAAGCCCAUCCUCAAGGAUGCCUCGGGCAAGCCCAUCGAUGUCUCUUCCCCCAGCCUCAAGGGAUGGAAGAACAUCAUCGACACGGAGGGCCCCGCGGCGUUCGCCAAGGCCGUUCGAUCGAACAAAGGCACUUUGCUCAUGGACACCACCUGGCGUGAUGCCCACCAGUCGCUGCUGGCCACCCGUGUGCGUACCAUUGACAUGCUGAACAUUGCCCACGAGACCAGUCACGCUCUCGAGAAUGCGUAUGCCCUGGAGUGCUGGGGUGGUGCUACAUUCGAUGUCGCCAUGCGUUUCCUCUACGAGGACCCCUGGGACCGUCUGCGCAAGCUCCGCAAGGCUGUGCCCAACAUUCCCUUCCAGAUGCUGCUGCGUGGUGCCAACGGUGUCGCCUAUUCUUCCCUUCCCGACAACGCCAUCUACCACUUCUGUAAGCAAGCCAAGAAGUACGGUGUGGACAUCUUCCGUGUCUUCGAUGCUCUCAACGACAUCGACCAGCUUGAGGUUGGCAUCAAGGCUGUCCAGGAGGCGGGCGGUGUGGUUGAGGCCACUGUGUGCUACAGUGGUGAUAUGCUGAACCCCAAGAAGAAGUACAACCUUGAGUACUACCUGGCUUUGGUGGACAAGAUUGUCGCUUUGGGCACACACGUGCUUGGCAUCAAGGACAUGGCUGGUGUUCUCAAGCCCCAGGCCGCUCGCCUGCUGGUCGGCUCUAUCCGCGAGCGCUACCCUGACCUCCCCAUUCACGUCCACACUCACGACUCGGCCGGUACGGGUGUGGCUUCCAUGAUCGCCUGUGCCCAGGCUGGUGCCGAUGCCGUCGAUGCCGCCACUGACAGUCUGUCGGGUAUGACCUCGCAGCCUAGCAUUGGUGCCAUCCUGGCCUCUCUCCAGGGCACCGAGCAGGACCUUAACCUUGAUCUCACCCAUAUCCGUGCCCUUGACACCUACUGGGCUCAGCUUCGCCUUCUCUACUCUCCCUUCGAGGCCGGUCUCACCGGUCCCGACCCGGAGGUCUACGAGCACGAGAUCCCCGGUGGCCAGCUGACCAACCUGAUCUUCCAGGCGAGCCAGCUCGGUCUGGGCCAGCAGUGGGCCGAGACCAAGAAGGCCUACGAGGCCGCCAAUGACCUCCUUGGCGAUAUUGUGAAGGUCACGCCUACCUCCAAGGUCGUCGGUGACCUUGCCCAGUUCAUGGUCUCCAACAAGCUUACCUCGGAAGAUGUUGUCGCUCGCGCCGACCAGCUCGACUUCCCGGGCUCCGUCCUGGAGUUCCUGGAGGGUCUGAUGGGUCAGCCCUUCGGUGGCUUCCCCGAGCCUUUGCGGUCCAAGGCCCUGCGCAACCGCCGCAAGCUCGACAAGCGCCCCGGUCUCUUCCUGGAGCCCCUGGACCUUGCCAAGAUCAAGGCCGAGAUCAAGGAGAAAUUCGGCUCCGCUACCGAGUGCGACGUUGCCAGCUACGCUAUGUACCCCAAGGUCUACGAGGACUACCGCAAGUUUGUCGCCAAGUUCGGUGACCUCUCGGUGCUGCCCACCCGCUAUUUCCUGGCCCGCCCCGAGAUCGGCGAGGAAUUCCACGUUGAGCUGGAGAAGGGUAAGGUGCUGAUUCUCAAGCUCCUGGCCAUCGGCCCCCUGUCCGAGCAGACCGGCCAGCGGGAGGUCUUCUACGAGGUCAACGGUGAAGUCCGCCAAGUUUCCGUCGACGACCAGAAGGCCUCUGUCGACAACGUCGCCCGUCCCAAGGCCGACGCUUCCGACAGCAGCCAAGUGGGUGCUCCCAUGAGCGGUGUUGUUGUGGAGAUCCGCGUCCACGAUGGCCACGAGGUCAAGAAGGGUGACCCCAUUGCGGUGCUGAGCGCCAUGAAGAUGGAAAUGGUUAUCUCUGCGCCUCACAGCGGUGUGGUCUCCGGCCUCCAGGUCAAGGAGGGAGACUCUGUUGACGGCCAAGACUUGGUCUGCAAGAUCGGCAAGGCUGCGUAA